GCUAAUAAGUGGUCUCUUUAUCUGACCAAAUCUUGCUGCAAAUAUAAAUUUCCACCCAACUUUUACCAAAAUUACUCCUACAGCUGUUCUCUCUGUGUCUGCAACCAACAACCUGUUCACAUGUGUCUAAUCUUCCUCUUCCUUUUUCAGGAACCAAAAAAUAGGAGGUGUUAACACCGACUUAACGUGAAAAUGAUAGUCAGAAAAAUCAACAGCACGGUACCAUGACCAAGGAAGGAUUCAUACCCUUUGUCAACUCAUUUUUGUGUUGUUAUCGCAUACCCGACCCUACGUUCAACUACCAGACGGAAAGUGGGUUCCUCACACAAUGUCAACACAUCUAUAGCACUCUUCUUGAAUCUCUUAUCUGUAUUUUAACAUCAUAGAUUUCUCUUGCCCAACACACUAAACUUGCUUAAUUCACAACAUGGGUAAUGCUCGGUUUCUGGGUCUCUAUAUCACCAUAUCCGUACUAGCUUUCGUUAUCUCAAAGAUCACCAUAGCAAUCCUCAUGUAUCGCCGAUGGCAAAGAAAACACUUGGUCAUGCAACAAAGCACCAUCUCUGGUGGAAAGCUGGUGUUGUUUAGAUCACCAAAUAUAAAGUCCAUCAAAUCAGAUAUUUUCUUGAAGAAGACAAUGAAACUGACCAGCAAAGAUAGAAUUGGAUCUGGGGGGUAUGGCACAGUUUAUAGACUCACCAUUAACGACUCGACCUCUUUUGCUGUCAAGAAGUUAAGCAAAGAAACCACAGAGCAAGAUCGAGGUUUUGAGAGAGAGUUGGAAGCAAUGGGGGAUAUAAAGCAUCGGAAUAUAGUUACUCUCCAUGGUUAUUAUACCGCACCCAACUAUAAUCUACUCAUCUAUGAGUUAAUGCCUAAUGGAGGUUUAGACACACUACUCCAUGGAAGAACGAUGGAAAAGGUCUUAGAUUGGUCUGCAAGAUACAAAAUAGCAGUAGGUGCUGCAAGGGGAAUAUCAUAUCUUCAUCAUGAUUGUAUCCCUCGUAUCAUCCAUAGAGAUAUCAAAUCGAGCAACAUUUUGUUGGAUGAAAACUUGGAGGCUAGAGUUUCUGAUUUCGGGUUGGCAACAUUGAUGGAGCAAGGCCAGACUCACGUUUCUACUCUCGUAGCUGGGACUUUCGGAUACUUUGCCCCUGAGUAUUUUGACACGGGAAGGGCAACAACGAAAGGAGAUGUAUAUAGUUUUGGUGUUGUACUACUUGAGCUUUUAACUGGGAGAAAGCCUACAGAUGAAGCAUUUAUCGAAGAAGGAACCAAGCUUGUAACUUGGGUGAAAACAGUUGUUCAAGAUAAGAAGGAAGAUUAUGUGCUCGAUAACAGAUUAGAGGAUUACCCUAAAGAUGAAAUUGAUCAGGUAUUUAGUAUCGCACUAAUGUGCCUAGAAACGGAGCCAUCCAAAAGACCAAGCAUGUCAGAAGUUCUAAAGAUGCUAGAAAAGAUCAAACAAGAUCACCUUCUAUGAUCAUAAUCACG